AUACUACAACUGUUCUCUCUACUCAUCACUCUCAGACUGAGCGGGUGGGCGAGCGGGAGAAACGAAAGAUCGUGAAAAUGCUGAGCCUCUCUGUAGCUGCUCCUUCGAGCGUUUUCUGUUCCUCUUCAAAAAUCAUAUCCGCAAAUGCGAAAUCAUCCUCCUUCCAUGGCAUCCGAAUUCAGCAUGUCCUGCCACUUCGGAUGCCCUCUUCGCGAAACCCUGCUUCGUCUGUGGUGAUGAUGGCGAAGAGAGAGGAAGAACUGAAGGAGAUUAGAGCCAAGACCACCGAAGAACUAAACGAAGAGAUUGUCGAUCUCAAGGGUGAACUCUUCAUGCUCCGAUUGCAGAAAUCAGUCCGUAAUGAGUUCAAAUCCAGCGACUUCCGUCGAAUGCGAAAAAGAAUUGCACGCAUGCUUACAGUAAGAAGGGAAAGAGAGAUUGAAGAGGGAAUCAACAAGAGGUUAUCAAGAAAGCUUGACCGGCAAUGGAAGAAAAACAUUAUUGUCAGGCCGCCACCAUCUCUCAAGAAAUUGCAAGAGGAGGAGGCAGCAGCAGAAAAAGCAGAAGCAGAAAAGUCAACAUGAGCCUGACUUUCACAUUGUAAUCACUUUGGUCUUUGGUAGCAGAGUAGCAGCAUUAGUUGAAUUUGUCAAUCUUUCUGUAUCACAUCAUCAAUUUAUUUAGACAGUUAAUUUCUUCUUGUGGAAGGGAGUAUAAUUUAAAUACAUGUUUUUUUGUGUAUGUGUGUAAGGACUUGAAAGUUGAAAGUAGUUGCCUCAAUGCUUGCUGAUGAAUAUGAAUCAGUUGCAGGUGGGGCCCUUCUUCAGAGGUGGCAAUUGCAUUGGGUUAUUCUGAUC